AUGGACUCUAAUGCAUUGCAAGACACACUUUUGAUGCCUAAAAAUAAUUCUUCCGACAACAUACCUAUUGAAAGCCGCUAUUCGUUGCUGGAUCACUUAGGUAAGGGAUCAUAUGGCACGGUCUGGAGAGCACAACACAAUCAAAGUAAGAAAGUUUUUGCCAUAAAAAAGGUUAAUAAGACUCACGUAGGAGCAAAGGGCUUGCAGGAAUUGAUGAGUGAAGUUGAGUCCAUGAGCAUGCUAAACCAUCCAAAUAUAGUGAAGCUAGAGGAAACUUACCAGGACGACUCCAGCCUUUGGAUUGUAAUGGAGUAUUUGGCAUGUGGUUCUCUAGAUCAAAUGUUAAAGAAAAAGGGAACCCUUUCUGAAGUCUCCACUAAGAAUAUUGUCACCCAGCUAUUACUGGCACUAGAAUAUAUUCACCGUAAAGGCUUUGUCCAUCGUGAUCUAAAACCGGCUAACUGCCUUAUUUCUGAGGAUGGCAGCACAGUAAAGAUAUCGGAUUUUGGCUUUGCAGUUUUAGCAGGAAGUGAGCAGUGCUUAACGACAUAUUGUGGAACUAUUUCCUUCAUGGCUCCCGAAAUACUCAUGAAGCUCAAUUAUGGUAAGAACGUUGACAUGUGGGCUUUGGGCGUCCUCACAUAUCUUCUUUUCACUGGUGAAUACCCUUUUAAGGGAGACAGUUCUAGUACCCUUCGGCGUGAGAUUUGCAAAAAUCAUUCUUGGGUUAACCGCAAUAAGAAACUUAAAGAAGUUCCGCAUUUGUAUGAUUUUAUUAGCAGACUACUUAGCUUCGAACCAAUAAAGCGUAUGACUGCUAGAGAGUCAUUGCAGCAUCAAUGGAUUAAAUUAAGAAUGAACUCCUUUAAAGAUAUUGUUUCCUUCACAUCGUGCCUGCCAUCAGGUGAGUUUGGUGGAUGCUCACCAAGUAGACUCAGAAUGGUGGGCCGGUUCAGGUCAGCUGUAGUCGCAAUCCUCGCGGCGCACCGAUUAGUGUACUGGCAGCGAUGCCGUCGGCUCGAAAAACUUGGCUACGGUCAUUUUAGUGUCCUUCGAGACUUGCACUACUUUGUAGCUAAGCGCUUUGAACCGAAAUGUAGUGGAAGAUCGGUACUCUACUGCAGUCACAUGUUUUCGCGGUGUCCCACGGCAAUUACUGAGCUUCUACCUAUGAUUGCCGCGUCUGAGUCUAUAGAAGAGAUCAAUUUGAGUCAUAAUAAUAUUAGCAGCCUUAGCCUUGUGCAAGAUAUUUUGCUUGCAGUUGCACAUCAUCCCAGCGUCGAGGUUAUUAACCUGUCUUAUAAUCCUAUUCCUGCUGUAGCUGGGCGUGGUUUACUGCGACUUGCACGAAAUCCAUCACCAAAGUUGCGUCGCAUAGAAGUCAUUGGUACUCCGAUCGCAAUAGAUGUCGUAAGGCAAUUAAGUUCACUCUUGAAGGAAAAGAAUGGAUCUAUUACAUCUAUAAAUUCAAAUGCUUCUACCGUAUGUACAUCGAGUGCAGGGAAGGUAAGCUCAUACUUUCCCAAGACGGGCAAUAUAAAUUCCACGAUUCCGCGUCUUCCGAUUCAUAACCCCAUCCAUAGUCCUGAAGCCGGUUCUCGUGAGCAGCCCUCGCUAAACAAGAGAUUUGAUGAAAAAGGAGAAACUAAACCAGACCAGUUGCCUUAUAUCACAAAAAGUGGUUGCUUACAAAGUACCAUUAAGCGAAAUCCGCGCUUGUCUAAUUCAAGAAAAGGAUAA